AUGCAAAACUUGCAUAAGUGCAUACAUGGACUAAGCAAUGAGGCAUUUGAUGAUUCUCUGACCUUGUGGAGGGAAGCAAUUCCAGACAUAAAGUUGCCAAAGUCUUUUUAUGAAGCCAAAAGGAUUGUCAAGGACUUGGGUCUCGAUUAUGAAAAAAUACAUGCGUGCUCUAACGAUUGUAUGCUAUUCUAUGGAAAUGUAAAUGGGAAACUGAAUAAGUGUAGUAGUUGUGGUGCUUCUCGGUGGAAGCCAAAGAAGGAUGAUGUAGCAAAUGACUCCAAUCAACUAACUAAAAAGGUGCAUAAUGUUCCAGUAAAGGUUUUGAGGUACUUUCCUUUAAAACCUAGAGUUCAAAGACUAUUUAUGUGUUCUCAAACUGCUAAAUCUAUGAGUUGGCAUUCUAAGGAGCGCAUCGAGGAUGGGAUUCUAAGGCAUCCGGCUGAUGGUAAAGCUUGGAAAGACUUUGAUGAAAAGCAUCCAGAGUUCGCAUUAGACCCUCGUAAUGUGAGAUUAGGGCUUGCUAGUGAUGGAUUUAACCCCUUUCGAACAAUGAGUAUUGCGCAUAGUACAUGGCCAGUUAUCUUAAUCAACUAUAAUUUACCGCCAUGGAUGUGCUUGAAGGCAGAAUAUUUCAUGCUAUCUCUACUUAUUCCUGGUCCUCAAUCCCCUGGCAACAACAUUGACAUAUACUUGCAGCCACUGAUUGAUGAAUUGAAAGAGUUGUGGGAAGUUGGAUUGCUUACAUAUGAUGCUUCUAUCAAACAAUCAUUUAAAUUGCGUGUAGCUUUGCUUUGGACAGUUAGUGACUUCCCAGGAUACGCAAUGUUGUCCGGAUGGAGUACUAAAGCAAAAGAAACUGGCAACAACAUUGACAUAUACUUGCAGCCACUGAUUGAUGAAUUGAAAGAGUUGUGGGAAGUUGGAUUACUUACAUAUGAUGCUUCUAUUAAACAAUCAUUUAAAUUGCGUGUAGCUUUGCUUUGGACAGUUAGUGACUUCCCAGGAUACGCAAUGUUGUCCGGAUGGAGUACUAAAGGCAGGUUGGCUUGUCCUUAUUGCAAUUAUAAUACAUGCUCUGAGUAUUUAAAAUAUAGCAAGAAGAUGUGUUAUAUGGGUCAUCGUAGAUUUUUAAAAGAUGACCACCCAUGGCGAUUUAAUAAAAGAUCGUUUAAUGGUGACAUUGAGCUUGGAAGAGAACCGAUAUCACUGUCUGGGACUGAAAUUAUAGAUGAAUUAUCUGAUUUUGUCAAUGAAUUUGGAAAAAAGCAAAAGAAAAAAGCAAAUAGAAAUUGUCCGUGGAAGAAAAGGUCAGUAUUUUUUGAUUUACCUUAUUGGGAGCAUAAUAGAUGUCGUCACAUGCUAGAUUUAAUGCAUAUUGAGAAGAAUGUUUGUGACAAUAUUGUUGGCACAUUGUUAGACAUUCCAGGAAAGACGAAGGAUCAUGUUAAAGCUCGCUUUGACUUACAAAAAAUGGGCAUAAGACGAGAUCUUCAUCCUGUGCAGUCGGCUGAUGGUCGUCGUGUUACAUUUGCGAAAGCUUGCUUUUCUAUGACAUCACAGGAAAAAGAAAUGUUUUGCAAAGUGUUGGCAGAUGCAAAAGUGCCUCAUGGUUGUGCAUCAAAUAUCUCAAGAUGUGUAAAUGUGAGGGAGAAGAAAAUAUCUGGGUAUAAGACUCAUGAUGCUCAUUUUCUCAUGCAAUAUUUACUUCAAGUUGCAUUAAGAAGAAGUUUGCCUAGGAGUGUUGCUAUUCCUCUCAUCAGAUUAUGUGCUUUCUUCAAGGGUUUAUGCAGCAAAGUUCUCAAGCCAGUUGAACUUAAAUCCUUGUAG